CUCUCUCUUCCUUGCUUCAUUGGUGACCUAUCCCGAUCAUGACCAUGGUCCGUGGUAGUUCUCUCCUUGGGUCAACUUGAUCUGCAGAGACCGCUGCGCAUAACACAGGCCGAUUUCAGCACCAGUUGCGCCUCCCGUCGGGAACUUUGUGCACCCGAGGAACGCGAGCUGCGUGAUAGGUUCAAUCUGCUUUUGGCAAGGACUCGCGCCGCCAGCAUGCCCCCAGCGACGAGGCGCGAGCUCAGGAUCAGCGGGAUCAAUGGCAUCAACAGCCAUACACUGGCAAUGGAUGAUGUGUUAGAUACAUUCGAGCAGUUCAAACGCAAGCACAUCACCCAGAAUCGUGACAUCAUAAAAAACAAUGCACUUGCUCAGCUCCGUAUCCGCGAGCUGGAGAGUAGAAUGCAAGAUCUAGAGGCCGAGCGGGCGGCACAGGCGCUCGAAUUCGUGCGGGCCCAGGCCCAGCUCGAUCGGUUCGAGCACCAGAUCCGCUGCGUCGAAAUCGGCUGGAAGGUCAUGAGUCAGGGAUUACCGCCGGGGUUUCGAGACCUGGCUGCACAAUCUGAGGCCAGGAGAGGAGGAGUUGCUGAUGUAUGGAGACAACUCGUCCCGAUCGAGCCACAUCGUCGACCGCCACGGCACAUCUCACUCGAGAAUUCGACGCUUCCCGCAGGUGUCGUCCGGUCCAUCGCUCGGAAUCCAUCCGCAAAUCUUCAAACUUUGACGGAAGUGUCCUCCGCGCAAGAAGGCUUUCGUGACAUGCCACUCAGUGCCGCUCCCCACGGACACCGCUCCAUCCCCGAAAAGUGGCAAGGUCCCGGGGCGCACCAAUGGUAUGCCAGUGGGGUUUCCCACCAGCUGGCCGAAAACAAGUCUCGAAACCCGACACCACGGCAAGAGCAAACUUCCCUCUUUCCCCCCUUCUCAGAACCAGCGACUCAGAGCGAUUUGAUGGCUGUCUUCCCUCCAUCUUCGGGGUCGUCCGACGUACCUGACGAUGACUCGCAAUCUGAGUAUGAAGAAGACUUCCGAGGUGCAUCCGACACGGCCGGUCUCUUUGGCACAUCCAUGCCGGUGCAACGCCGAGUGCUUGGGCGCGACCGAAAGCCUGCACGGUCGCGCGACCCAUCUGCCCUUCUGUGGUCGUCUACCGCUGGUGGGCAGGAUCGCCAAACGAGCGGCAUUCCCGAUCCACCCGAUGCAAGUAUCUCUGGCGCGGUUGGUGAGCCGCGCAUGAUCGAUAUCGACGGCGCGCCUAGCCCCAUCAGCUCGCCGGCCCUUGAUUUUGACGCGCAUUGGGCAGCUGUGGCAACGGCUCCGAUUCUACACACGCAGGCACAUGUGCUGGAGAUACCCAGCGAGAGCGAGGAUGAACAUAUCGCAACAAGCGGUGCGAAGAGGAAGAAGCGGGCCGGAGCUGGUGCCAAGGCUGGCAAGCGUACUUCUAGACGAAAUAGCGGCAUGCUGUCCGUACAUGCGCCACGAGACCAUGCAACAGGAGGUGAGGACAGCGAGGCGGCGACCGAUUCGGAUGCUGGGUUAUCCCGUAUGUCAUCUUUCAGCUCCUUGCUAUCUGGCCUUAGCGAAUUUGACACAGAGGAGGAAAUGGAUGGUGAAGUUACGCCGGGGGUCUCUAUGACCAAACUUCCAGAAUCGAACGCAGCCGGCCUGAACGCCCCGCUGACUGCCGGCGCGCUCGGGGCAUCAUCAAAGGCAAGGAGUGACGCGGACGUUGGAGAUACAGUCAAGGGUGCGAGAAAGAAGGCUGCAAAGGCUGACUUCGAAGGUUCAAAAUCAUCUGCAGGUGGCAUGGCGCUCGGAGGCCGAAAGCGGAAAGUUCCUACCCUGGAAGACGAAGAGACUGUUCUUUCAUUACCGAGGCCCUCAACCGCAUCCACACUUCUAGCUGACGGCGAAGAGCUUUUCGGGCGGGCGCAGCGCACGCGCAAGAGUGUCAACUACGCCCUUCCCAAGCUCAACACCAAGAUGCGCAAGCCAGAUCCAACGGACCUCGUUCCUGCCGCCAACGACGGCAGUAGCCGAUCAAGCACCCGUGGCCAUCCCUCUGCCAGGCACGCUGCCUCCACUGGUGACCUGGCCGAGAUCAGGAAGCAAAGAUUGAGCAAUUCGGCGGAGAAGGACAAGGGGAAUUCGAAUUACCAAGCCGAAGCGGCCACACCGCUCGUCAGAAAGAUUUCCAAGAUAGAACUGCAGGGCAAAGACGAUGAGGUCGUUGAAGACUCCCCUACGGGCGAGGAUGCGCACGACACCCCUGAUGCAGAUACAACAGAAACCGUGCGCUUACUACAAAAAGGUCGUCGACACUCAAAGGCAGCAUUGGUGGCCAAUACUGACAGCAACAGCGCAAGAGGCGAUGAAGCAGAGUCCAAGGCAUUCGAUGACACCACCGUAAAUCCUAUGAAGAGGGCCGGUCACAACGGAACUGAACGCCCUGCACUGCGGCGAGCUUCGCAAUCCAUCAACAUCCCCGUCGAUGAGCCCGCGACGAGAAGCGGCCUCUCGAGGUCAUCUUCAGAAAGCGUCGCCACGGUUAAGGGCACCAUCAGCGCCACGCCAAGCAGGGGUGCUCGCAAAGUGAGCGUCACCACAACAAAGCCGGUAGCGAGGCGCGACCGGCCGAAGACGCUCUCCGCUACGAUGGUAGCCAGGGAGGGCCUCCUUCAAGAAUCUUCCACCGUCGGCCCUUCCGGCGGGUCCACUUGGAGUGGACCUCAACGGCCAAGCUUACGCGCUGCGCUGGCGAACACGUCAGGUGACAAGGCUGAACUGGCGGCGGCGCGUAGCUUGGCGCCGCCUGGCAAUACUACAAGUUCAGACGGUCGGAUCAGUCCGGCGCUUUCCACCACUUCGAGCGCAGGAUCGUCGGUGGGCACAGCGAUGAGGUCCGUCCAGCCGUCGAGCUCCUCUCAACCGGCCUUGUCGCGAGUCUCGUCGAUGCAGAAGAAGCCAGGAGCAACGGGAAUGCUGGCGGGUAAGACAGGUUCGAAGGCGCCUAGUGCGGCCACCACCGGUCUGUCUUCUGAUGCUGCAGUCAAAGAUCAAGGCGAAGGCAAGAGAACAGCACGUCGAACGAGUAGCCAGGCGGCGGCUUGAGAGUGUAUGUUACAUGCUCCAGGAUAGAAU